GGUUCUUCAUUUAUGCUUGGAAGAGCACUGACAUCAGUUUUUUGGGGAAUAGUGGCUGAUCGCUAUGGUCGCAAACCUGUCAUAAUAAUAGGGACUAUUGCAGUGGUUAUUUUCAAUACUCUCUUUGGACUCAGUGUAAACUUUUGGAUGGCCAUCAUUACAAGAUUUCUUCUAGGAAGUUUAAAUGGUUUGCUUGGCCCAAUAAAGGCAUAUGCAAGUGAAGUCUUUCGGGAAGAACACCAAGCGUUAGGGAUGUCAACAGUUAGCACAGCAUGGGGUAUUGGAUUGAUUAUUGGUCCAGCUAUGGGAGGAUUCUUUGCGCAGCCAGCAGAGAAAUAUCCCGCUAUAUUUUCCCCGGACUCUAUAUUUGGGAGGUUUCCAUACUUCUUACCUUGCCUUUGUAUCUCGGUUUUUGCUCUCGGAGUAACCAUUGCAUGUUUCUGGCUGCCGGAAACUUUACACAAUCACAAUGAAAACGCCAGAUCACAUGAUAAUUCUGUUGAAGGAUUGGAGUUUGCAUCCUGUGGGUCAGAUGCAAAUAUAAUGAAACAAAAAUCUGAAGAGCAAAAGCCUAAAGAAAACCUCAUGAAGAAUUGGCCAUUAAUGUCAUCAAUCAUUGUUUAUUGUGUUUUUUCACUCCACGACAUGGCUUACACAGAGAUAUUCUCAUUAUGGGCGGAGAGUCCUCGAAAGUUAGGGGGUUUAAGCUACUCAACUGAGGAUGUUGGUGAAGUUCUAGCAAUCUCAGGUUUUGGUCUUUUUGUCUUUCAAACUACUCUGUACCCGUAUGUGGAAAAGAUGCUUGGUCCUAUAAGAAUUGCUCGAAUUGGAGGGGUUUUGAGUAUACCUCUUUUGUCAAGCUACCCCUUUAUAGCAUUAUUGUCUGGGAUUUCCCUCUCCGUGCUGUUAAAUAUUGCAUCGCUGCCGAAAAAUGUCAUAUCUAUCAUGAUCGUCACUGGCCUGUUCAUUCUCCAAAACAGAGCUGUGGACCAGCGUCAAAGAGGUGCUGCUAAUGGAAUUGCUAUGACUCUGAUGUCGCUGUUCAAGGCAGUUGGUCCAGCUGGUGGUGGUACAGUGUUUUCUUGGGCACAAAAACGCCUGGAUGCUUCCUUUCUACCUGGUAUCCAGAUGGUUUUCUUCAUCUUGAAUCUGGUGGAGUUAGUUGCAGUUGUCAUGACGUGUAAGCCAUUUCUUAUUGUACAUGAAAAUAGACAGGGGUGAAUUACCAUGGAAACACCAUGGAAUUAGUUCAAUCCACAUCAAGAAAACCAAAACAAAAAGAACUACAAAGCAACAACAACAACAACAAACAACUUUAUUGUUGACUCAUUGAAAGCAUUAUUUGUAGUUGUAGUUGCCUCUAUAUAUUCAUUCAAACGGGAAAGAAAUCUCAGGAUUGUAUGUUUGAUGUAAAUCAUGUAAUCGAAUUAU